AAGGCGAAGGGCAGUUCUGGGGCUGCCUUCUUGUAUAGGAUGGGGCGAGUGUCCCUCGAAGUCCCUGGGGGCUGCGGGGCGAAACGAGGCGCGAACCCGAAGUGCAGCGUUUCUCCCUCAGGGCUCCCAGGAUGCCACGCGGCGCCUACAGCUCCCAACAUGCAGCGCGGCUUCCACGUCCCGGUCACAUCUCUGCAGGAGCAGCCGACGAACUACAAGUCCCAUGGUGCGUGCCUCCCGGAAGUGCGGCUGCGCCACGGCCUGAGCGGGCCGCACGUGGCCCGAGCGCAGCUGCUCUGGUCCGACCCGCAGCCCUUCCGGCUCUCCGGUGGUUCCCGCCCGCUGACCGGCGGGGGCUGGUGGCGGUCUUGCCCAGCCUGGCCCAGUGAGGUAGGCGAGCCUUUCCGCGAGCUCACACCGCGGGAUCGAGCCGCUGCUCCCUUCCAGGGCCAUGGCGGGGGCCUCGGGCGAAGCUGGAGGCCCUGUCACCGCUGCCGCCCCGAGGAGUGGAGCCAGGAGUCCCGACACCCGCGUGACCUGCCCCCGCCUUGGCCCUCUCGGCUCCGAACUGGCCUCAGAGUUCACGCAGACACAUCCCACGUCACUCAUUCACUCCUCCGUGUCAGGGGCCCUGCUGCAGGCUGGCGUCUGUCCUGAGAGGGAACAGGCCCAGUUCUGCUUGCGCGGAAAUUAGGCUCUAGCGCGCAGACACACCAAGUCAAUAAACGAGGCCGUCCCAGGCUGAGAUAGACCCUGAGGGAAGAGGCGGCGACACGGAGCUGAAGGAUGGGAAGGAGCCGGCCCUGCGAAAAUCUGGGGCGAGCCCAGGCCAGCGGGAUCAGAUGCAAAGGCCCUGAGGUGGUCGGAGGUGUGUCCAGAGGCAGCAACCAGCCGAUGCGGGCUCAGACGACAAGGGGAACCCACGUGUGUAGCGCAUCAAGCGCUAGUGCGUUAACACACACCAUACAGCACCCCCAUUAUAUAGAUGAACAGGUCAGGCACAGAAAGGCUUUCCCGCUCAAGGUCACACAGCGGGGGUAAAGUGGGGAAACCGUCCGGCGAGGAUGUGACUUUAUUGCCAUCACACAGGGAGGUGGCAUGUUGUGAUUGUUCUCAUUUUUGUUGACAGUAAAAUAAUACAUAACAUAAAACUUACCGUUUUACUCCUACAAUUUAGCGGCAUUAGGAGCAUUCACACUGUUGUACAAUCAGCACCAUCUGUUUCCAGAAGUUUUUUUAUCUUCUCAAAUUGAACUCUACCCAUUAAAUGGUAACUCCCCAUUCACCUCCCCCAGCCCCUGCACAUCCCCACCUCCCCAUUGUACUUUCUGUCUCUGGUAUUUGAUUGCUUUAGAGACCUCAUGUAAGUGGAAACACACAGCACUUGUCCUUUUGUAUCUGGCUUAUUUCAUUUACUGUAAUGCCCUCAAGGUUUAUCCACAUUGUAGCCUGUGUCAGGAUGUCAUUCCUUUUUAAGACUGAAUGAUGUUCCUGUGAUGAAUUUUUUGUUUUUGUUUAAUUCUCCUGAUAGCUCUGUGGAAACUGAAUGGGGGCUAAGAGCUGGGUAGAAAGGAGGCCUGGCAGAAACUGCCCAUCCUGGUGAGAGGGAUGUUGGGAGCUGGGGAGGCUGGAGGAAACAGUGCAGUGCGUACCAUGUGAUUUGGGGGCCAAACAGGCAGAAGAGGGUGUGUUCACGUGUUCCUUUACAGGGCACCUGCUCUGCGGGGUUAGGACAAGAUGCAGGCACGAGUGGGGAAUGCUUUCUUGAGGGUCAAACAGACCUGGUUUGUGGCCCUUGGCUUCGGCACUCACCAGCUAAGUGGCAUUGGGCAACGUCCGAACUCCCGGAGCCUCCUUUUCCUCUUUUGUGAGUUGUAGCAGAGAAGGACUGAAGGAGGCGCAGCAUGUGGGGAAGCCAGAUGCUCGGGGCGUCUGGCCCAGAGUGGUAGUCCAUAAAGUGGGGUCACUGGAGCUGGGGGUCGGGCUCUGCAGGGCUUGAGAGGAGGCCCUUGGGGCUGGCUGGGGACAUUCUGAGAGCUCUUGUCUUCCAGCAAGAGCCUCCCUGGGCCCUGCCUGAGCAGGCCUGCCUGGCAAGCUGGGACAUGUCUGGCCCCCGAGGACGACUGGUGGGUGAUGGCUGCAGUGGCGGAGGGGCUGGAGACCGAGUCAGCUGCUGUAGAAGAUGCUGCAAGAGAUGCUGCAGAUGCUGUGGAUGCAGGGCUGGGGGUGCCCCCUCUCCUGGCUGGGAACCGGCUGAGCCUGGACCUGUACCCCAGGGGCUGCCACCGGCUGCUGCACCUGUGUGCCCAGCAGGUCCCUCAGCUGCUGGAGGUGGAGUUCCUGCAGCUGAGCAGCCACGAGGACCCUUGGCUGCUGGAGGCCACCCUGGCCCGGCUGCCCUGGAGCCUGCCACGUCUCCGCUCCCUGGUCCUCAAAGGUGGGCAACGCCGGAAUGCUCUGGGUGCCUGCCUCCAGGGCUCCCUGACCACACUGCCUGCCAGCCUGAGUGGCCUCACCCACCUGGCCCACCUGGAUCUGAGCUUCAACAGCCUGGAGACGUUGCCAGCCUGUGUCCCACAGAUGUGUGGCUUGAGCGCCCUCUUGCUCUCUCAUAACUGCCUCUCAGAGCUGCCCGAGGCCCUGGGGGCGCUCCCUGCCCUCACCUUCCUUGCCAUCACCCACAACCGCCUGGAAACACUGCCCACAGCACUGUGGUCCCUGUCCACCCUGCAGCGCCUUGAUCUCUCUGAGAACCUUCUGGACACUCUGCCCCCUGAGAUCGGAGGCCUGAGCAGCCUUGCUGAGCUCAAUCUGGCCUCCAACCAGCUGCAGAGCCUCCCUACCUCCCUUGCGGGGCUCCGGUCCCUGCGGCUCCUUGUUCUACACAGCAACCUUCUGGCCUCGGUGCCCGCCAGCCUGGCCCGCCUCCCACUGCUCACCCGGCUGGACCUGAGGGACAACCAGCUCCGGGACGUGCCCCCCGAGCUAUUGGACGCCCCCUUUGUGCGCCUACAAGGAAACCCCCUGGGCAGGGCCCCCCCGGCCCCCCACAGCCCCCCAGGGACACCCGUGGUCCCAGAAAUGCCCAGACUCUUGUUGACCUCAGAUGUGGACAGCUUCCCCGUGACCCCUCAAGGCUGCUCUGUGACCCUGGCCUGUGGCGUCCGCCUGCAGUUCCCUGCUGGGGCCACUGCCACCCCUGUUACCAUCCGCUACCGACUGUGGCUGCCGGAGCCCCGCCUCGUCCCCUUGGGUCCUCAUGACUCUCUGCUCAGUGGUGUCCUGGAGCUGCAGCCCCACGGGGUGGCCUUCUUGCAGGAGGUGGGCCUGUGGCUGCUGUUUGUGCCACCACGGGCCCGGCGUUGCCGGGAGGUGGUGGUCAGGACCCUGAGUGACAACAGCUGGAGUGACCUGGAGACCCACCUGGAGGAAGAGGCACCCAAGCGGCUCUGGGCCCGCUGCCAGGUACCCCACUUUUCGUGGUUCCUUGUGGUUUCGCGCCCUGUGUCCAACACCUGUCUGGUGCCACCAGAGGGGACAUUGCUGUGUUCCUCGGGACAUCCUGGGGUCAAGGUCACAUUCCCCCCUGGGGCCACUGAGGAGCCCCGGCAUGUCCACAUGCAGGUGGUGCACGUGGGCAGCAGAGGACUGCCAGCCCUGCUGGAGGAGCCUGAGGCAGCCGCGAGCCCCUUGCUGUGCCUCACCCAGAGUGGUCCCCCAAGCUUCCUCCAGCCGGUCACUGUGCAGCUGCCUCUGCCCCCCGGCAUCACAGGCCUGAGUCUGGACCGCUCCCGCCUGCACCUGCUGUACAGGGCCCCUCCUGCAGCCGCCUGGGAUGACAUCACGGCUCAGGUGGCGCUAGAGCUCACUCACCUGUACGCCCGCUUCCAGGUCACACGCUUUUCCUGGUCAGUGCUCCCUCUGGCUUCCUCAGUCCCUCCCCACCCGCCUGUCUGCACUGCCUGCCUCACCCCCCAGCUUCCCAGGUACUGGCUCUGGUACACCACUGCGACCUGCGUGGGGGGCCUGGCCCGGAAGGCCUGGGAGCGGCUGCGGCUCCACCGCGUGAACCUGAUCGCGCUGCAGAGACGCCGGGACCCCGAGCAGGUCCUGCUGCAGUGCCUGCCCCGGAACAAGGUGGAUGCCACCCUGCGGCGGCUGCUGGAGCGGUACCGCGGCCCCGAGCCCUCAGACACCGUGGAUAUGUUUGAGGGCGAGAAAUUCUUCGCUGCCUUUGAGGGAGGCAUCGACGUGGAUGCCGGCCGUCCGGACUGCGUGGAGGGCAGACUGCGCUUUGUCUUCUAUUCGCACCUGAGGAACGUGAAGGAGGUGUACGUGACCACCGCCCUGGACCGGAAGGCUCAGGCUGUGAGGGGCCAGGUGUCCUUCUACCGGGGAGAGGUGCCAGAGGAGGUGCCCGAGGAGGCGGAGGCUGCCCGGCAGAAGAAGGGCAUGGAUACCCUGUGGAUGGCCACUCUGCCCAUCAAGCUGCCGAGACUGCGGGGGUCUGAGGGGCCAGGGCACGGGGCUAGCCUCUCCCUGGCACCUCUGAACCUGGGCGACGCUGAGACUGGCUUCCUGACCCAGAGCAACCUGCUGACUGUGGCUGGGCGCCUGGGCCCCGACUGGCCAGCCGUGGCCCUGCACCUGGGCAUGCCCUACCGUGAGCUGCAGCGCAUCAGGCAUGAAUUCAGGGACGACCUGGAUGGACAGAUCCGCCAUAUGCUCUUCUCCUGGGCUGAGCGCCAGGCUGGGCGGCCAGGAGCUGUGGGGCUCCUAGUGCAGGCCCUGGAGCAGAGUGACCGGCAGGACGUGGCAGAAGAGGUGCAGGCCAUUUUGGAGCUUGGCCGCCGCAAGUACCAGGAGGGCAUCCAGCGCACAAGCCUGGCCCCCGGGGACCUUGGUCCACCUGGCCCUUCAGCGUUGCAAUCCCCAGAGCCUGCCCAGGCCUAGAACCCACCGACUCUGGGCUGGUCCCUGACACUCCCUGGCCAGUGGUUGGAAGCUCCCACUUUCAAGCCUUCUCUGGGCAUGGGGACAGUGACCCCCGUGUGUAACAAACGUGUAGUGUUCUGGCUGC